UGCAUGUAGCACUCAGCUGAAUCACCACUCGGAUGUUCUUACGCAGCUAAACGCUUACUACGAAAACACGCUGUGCUGGUUCUCGAGCGUUCGAAUUUGUUUCGUGACGUGUCAAAAGAUUUCUCAGAAAACAGAUCAUACAUGUGGUCCGACAGCCACCCUACCGUCCUCACUGUCUUGGCUCAUCAACCCAGACAAGACGGUUUAUCAUCAGAUGAUCUAUCAAUAUCAGUGAAAAUGUGAAGGAGCGCUUACCGAUCGAUGACCGGAAGUCCUUUAGCAGAUGCUGAUAUGUGCAGUGGAUCUGAAGCAACAUCCGCAGACCUGAACGAGCAACAUGUUGGUAGUACUGACUUUGAGCUGGGUAGGCAAACGCAUGGGUGCACUAGAUGGCGUCUACGGCGCGUCAACAAAAGUGCCAGUGAGGUAUUUUGCUAGGGAACUAACAGUCAUGCGGCAACAAACAAAAGUAGUUAGCGAACAAAACAGUAAGUUGAGCAGAGACCUUGAAUGGCGAUUGGCCUGCGAUAACGGUCAUCGAAAGUCAGAUCUAGAUCCAUUUCAAUCUUGUGUAGGGGAGACAUUUGAGUAAGUGCGGAUUCGGACAUGGGGCGGGGCUGGUUUUUUUUUUUUUUUUUUUUUGAUCCAAUUUUUU